UUUCACUAAUCACAAUAUUCUCCAGUAUAAAGCAAACCUUCCUAGUUACCCUUACUCUUCCUCCUGUCACUUUACCUUUCCCAUUUCCCCAUCUUCUUCAUCUCCUUCUCCCAACUUUCUCUCUCCUCCCACCUCCACACCAUUUCUCACUUCUCCCCCAAAUCAAAAAUCCCCAAACAUUUCAAAUCUCAAAUCCCUAAUUUCACAGUGUAUAGUAUACACUCAAACACUCAAAAAUAUGGCGACGCUACAAAAAUUCAAGCUCUUAGCAUCACAGUGUGCAGUAAUCGGAAGCCCGACACGAAGCCCGACGACAAGCCCAGUCAUCCACAUCCGCCGUCGUAAAACCCUAAGAAUGCUCCUCGGCGGCGGCGGCGGAAGAAACGGCGGCGUUUUCAAUCGCCGAUUCAUCCAACCGAGUCACCGACGAGUUGAAUCGCCGGAUCAUCGGAAAAUCACCGAUCAAAAAUCGCCGGCGAUAAAAGAGAAUAAUAACUUAGGCGUAAGGCUUAAGCUGAAGGAUUUGUUCGUAACUUCUUCGGCUUCUCCUCCUCCGCAAUCGAAGGUUCUAGAAGGUGAGGAGGAUGAACAGAGAUUAUUACCGUCUACUGGUAGUUCCGGUGUCGGCGCGGCGGCGCGCCGAGUUGUUAGCGGCGGCGUGAGGCCGUUUUCGGCGACGUUGAGGCAGAGAUUGUUGAUGAGGAGAGCGUGGCGACCUGUGCUGGUGGCUAUACCUGAACAGUCGCCAUAGUACUGUUGUACUGUAGUCUGUAUUUAACUUUGUACGGAUGAGAUGAGAGUGAUGAUGAAGAUAAAGAAUUUAUUUUUGGGGAAUCUGAAAUUAUGAUUGAGUAUAUAAAUAAAUGUUUUUCUUA